GGCAAUCGCCGGCUUCCCAGUACGGCCUCUCGGAGGCGGCAGCAGAGCUACCAUGGCUGACGGCGGUGGCGGUCCUGCCGAGGCGUUCAGCCCGCGGGAGUCCCCGGGCCGAGCGCCGCGGGUGCCGCGCGACGUCCGGCCCCAUAGUGGCAGCGGCGGCGGGGAGACCCCGCGGACGCCGGCGUUGGCGCUACGCUUCGACAAGCCCAUCAAGCAGGCCUUCUACAACACCGGGGCGGUGCUGUUCGUGUGCCUGUGCUGCGGCGCCGCCGUGCUCGUCUACUUCAUUCUGGAGGCCUUCCUGCGGCCGCUGCUGUGGGCCGUGCUGUGCGGCACCUUCCUGCACCCCUUCAAGAGCUCGCUGACGCGCCUGGGCCGCCACUGGCUGCAGCGCCUGCACCGCGCGCACACGCCCAUCGUGUUGGCCGCGCUGCUGCUGCCGCUCUGCUUUGCCGACUACGGCGUCGAGGCCCUGGGCGAGCAGGCGCUGCGCCGGCGCCGGCUCUUGCUGCUGCUCGGGGCCGGCGUCCCGCUCCUCUACGGCCUUUACAGCCUGGGCAGCUACCUGGGUGUCCAGGUGCUGCUGGCCCACAUCGGCGUGCUCAUUUGCCGCGGGCUGGACUACUUCAGCAGCCUGUGGAUCUGGACGUUGGUGGUCGGCUACGUGUUGACUGUUUCAUUCAAGUGGAAUGCAAGCACUGAGCGCUACUUGAGAGCGGUUUCAAUUCCUGUCUGGAUUAUAUUGCUCUUUCAUUUAGCAUCUCUGGCUGGCUCCUGGAGAAUUCCAGUAUUCCUGGUCAUUGUUUUCCUGAUGUCUGUGGGUACCCUUUAUGAAAAACAGAACGGAAAAGAGUCUUCUGGGGCAGAGUUACCCGGGCAAGUUAUCUCCAUGGCCGCCUCUACGCUGGCCACCCUGGCCAUCUCUAUCACGGGGUAUGAGUCCGGUGCGGAAGACCAGCCCUCCACUCAGCCUGAAGAAACCAUGGACAGAGGAGAACCCCCUCCAGCAUUGUCCUCCUCCUCCUCCUCUUCCUCCCCUUCACCCACACUGGGCAGACAGAAGCCUGAAAUGGGGACGUUCCUCAGGAAGAAGAAAACGAGCGACAUCUACUUCGUGGCUCUCGUUUGGGCCAUCAUCGCGGUCCAGCUCUGGCUGAACCUGUGGAUCGUGCAGCUGCUGCCAGUGCCGAUUGCAGUCUGCGUCCUCAAAAAGCUCGUCAUCCACUUCGGAGUCGUGGACUUCCUGGAGCAGCGUGGCUGCGUGUGGUGGCGGGCCGUCGAGCACUUCCUCCGGGAGCGGCGGGAGGCUCUGGCGCCCUGGCCGGUCCUCGGGCUUGGGAAGUUCCUGUUAAAGGUCGAUAGCAAGCUCUGGCACUGGCUAAAUAAGAAGAUGAUCAUCUGGUUGGAGAAGAUGUUAGACAAAAUAAUUAGCAUUUUCAUCAUAUUUUUGUUAGUGAUAGGAACUCUUCUUUUAGCCCUGCUCCUGACUGCAAAGGUCCAUCAAGAGAGUGUACACAUGAUCGAAGUCACAAGCAGCUUGAUUAAUGAAACUCUAGCAAAUCACCCUGAGUGGGCAAAUUGGCUUCCUGAGGCUCAGGUAGUCCAAAGAGCCCUCAAUUCUGCAGCUAACAAUGUGUAUCAGUAUGGACGAGAAUGGAUAACCCACAAGCUUCAUAAAAUUCUCGGAGAUAAGGUGAACAAUACUGCUGUGAUUGAAAAGCAAGUACUAGAGCUUUGGGACAGACUGUAUCAUUCUUGGUUUGUAAAGAACGUGACCCACUCCGGAAGGCACCGGGGACACAAGAUGCACCCGAGUCGUCAGAAUAGCUGGCUGGGGGACAUCCUGGAUUGGCAGGAUGUCGCGUCCUUCGUCCACGAGAACAUUGAGACUUUUCUUUCUAUCUUAGAGUCCCUGUGGAUUGUGAUGAGCCGGAACGUGAGCCUGCUGUUCACCACCGUCACUACGCUCCUGACCAUCCUCUUCUACAGCGGGACGGCCCUCCUUAACUUCGUGUUGUCUCUGAUAAUUUUCCUGACCACACUGUUUUAUCUAUUAAGUUCCAGUGAUGAGUACUACAAGCCAGUGAAGUGGGUGAUAAGCCUGACACCACUCUCUCAGCCAGGUCCUUCUUCUAAUAUUAUUGGCCAAUCUGUGGAAGAAGCUAUCAGGGGGGUGUUCGAUGCUUCCCUGAAAAUGGCUGGCUUCUACGGAUUGUACACCUGGCUGACUCACACUGUGUUUGGCAUCAACAUUGUCUUCAUACCAUCAGCGUUAGCAGCAAUCCUGGGAGCAGUGCCAUUUCUGGGGACGUACUGGGCGGCAAUACCUGCGGUCCUAGACCUGUGGCUGACACAAGGCUUAGGAUGCAAAGCCAUCUUGCUGUUGGUUUUUCAUCUCUUGCCAACAUACUUUGUAGACACUGCCAUCUAUUCUGAUAUAUCAGGAGGUGGCCAUCCUUACUUGACCGGCUUGGCAGUGGCUGGCGGCGCAUACUACCUGGGCCUCGAAGGGGCGAUCAUCGGGCCCAUCCUGCUCUGCAUACUUGUGGUGGCUUCCAACAUCUACAGUGCCAUGCUUGUGAGUCCCACGAAUUCAGUGCCCAUGCCGAACCAGACCCCGUGGCCUGCUCACACCCAGCGGACUUUCCAUGACGUUUCUGAAGAUGUGAAAUCUUCAAUAGACUGACAUGGCUUCCGCUACAGUGGUUUCUCUGGGAAGUUCAACCUUGACUGUGAGUUCAGCUCAGCUGUGGCCUUCUGUCCAUUCCGCUGUGCCCGGCAAGCAGAGCCCAGGACGAGGAGCAGAAGCCUCCUGGCCUUCCAUACAGAACACGUGGACAAGAGCAAGCUUGCUGUGGGCCGCAUUGCCACUUUGAAGCACAGCUUUAGAGCUCCGAAAUGUGGUUUGCACACCUCACCGUUGCUAAGAUGGCUUGAAAAGUUUCAGUUUGUACACUGGUACCAUGGCUUGAAAUUUUCCCCCUCUGCUUAUCUAGAUUAUGAUUAUAAUAUAUAUUUAUAAAGUUAUUUUUAAGAGCCCUAAACUACCUGCCAUUUAGAGGGCAUACAUUGUAAUCUUUCUCCUGUUUUAAGAAGUCUGUUCAUACACUUUUCAAUGAAAAGGGCUCUCACUUUUGAGUAUGUAGUUGCUUGAGCAGGAAAAUGAGACUUCUUCCCACAGCGUACGGUCCUCUCCGAGAAAGAGCUAAUCUUAAGUGUAAGGGCGGAGUAGCUUAUUUCAAGUUCAGUUAGUUGUGUGUCGCAACCAUAGGAGAGACAGAUGGACUACAGAUCUUCGUCCACUUUCUUUUUCCUCCAUCCCCCACUACGCUGUUGCCAGAAUUCCAAAACUUGGCAGACCACACUGAAGUGAAAUACGUGUAUGCUGCUAUUAACGGUAACAAUAUGCUAGAAUUCAAGUUGUGAUAUUUUUCUCUGUCAGAAUGUUUUAAGUGAAGAGUCUCAGGUGCAGCAUGACUUUGAUUUGUUAGUGUAUCCCUGUUUCUUUAUUUGGAAUUCUGCCACUUAGUUACUGAUAGGCUAGAAUGUGGUCUUCAUGUAGCAUUUUUCCCUCACUCAGCACAGUGCCUUCCUUGCACAUAAGACUCUCUAGGUGAACGCUUGUUGAAUUAAAUUGUGACUUUUUAUGGAUGUCAGAUACCACAAUAACCAGCACAGUGCUUUACAUUUUGUAGAGUCUUGUUGAGUGUAAUUAUUUCACAACAACAUCACGUAACCUUUCAUACAGCUUUAUCUUGUUUUGUAACAGUUUCACACAGAUGGGGAAGCCAAGGUCAGAAAGGUGACCAACUCAAAGUCAUGAAGUUGAAUAAGAUUUGACCUCAAAUCUUCUGACUCCAUAAGCCUUCAAACUCUGCUAUACUGUAGUGUUUCUUCUUAAUAUCUUACAGUGUUUCCAGUGCAGUAAGAUAGAAUAGGUGUCCUUGGACUCGUCCUACAGUUAAUGACAGGGCUGGGACUAGAACCGAACUCUCGGCCUUGAACCCUUUCCAUUGUGUAGAAAUAGUCCUCGGGCUCUUUCUUUGCCCCUAAGGGAAUAUGGAGGAGAAAUGGUUCUUUAGUAUCAGAGAUCAUGUUUUUUUGGAAAACAAAAGUAGAAACUAUUUUUUCUAAAGCCCUUCUGACUAAGAAGCAUUGUUAGUGAUAAUUAACUUAAACUUAUUCUGCUAUUUCUUAAGAAAAAUUCUGUCUACAAGGGAGGCUACAAUAAGGUCUUUGACUGUUCAUACAGGAGACUCCAUGUAGGUCUCUUAUUUUUACUAUGAAUCCUUCAACAAGUAUAAUUUGAUAUGACACCAGGUGUUACAUUCGGUCACUGAAUACCUCAUUAUUUUCUGCAGCCUGUUGUUUAAUCAUUCGUUCAGUAAAACCUUUACCGAGACUUUGCCAAACUCUAGGUCGCCUGCCCGAGGCUGUGCAAGGUGCUGUAGGGGGUAACUCAUGAGAAGGCCUUCUCUCACCGUAACGUGUAGACCCAACGUGUCGCUAAAAAGAAAAUUUUGUAUUAAAGGAGUUAAAAGAGAAAUCAGGUUUAUUUUUGUUAAUUGCAUAAAGGAAAGUUUAUAGCUAUAAUUAGGACAUAUUCAUAAGAGGUAAAUACACACAAUGAUUUAGGGUGCAUGUACAGAUUAUGUUCUUCCAAAGUGCUUUGAGCUAUACAUACAAAGUGAUGUUGCAAAAAACUUAACUUGAGCUAGUGUAUGGCUGUAGCCUGUCAUAAUGAUUUGUGUGAAUACCAGGCAUAGUGGGGAGAACUCUGUGCUCUGAGAGAAUAGAAUAGAGCUUCCCAAACGGGCAGCGAUAUAAUAUCAUCACCCUGAACGUCAGGAACAGAGGAGCCCCGCAGUGCUGCACCAUCCUGGUUGCGAAAUGCGAAGGGGCCCAGCACUCCAGCAACUGCAAGGACUGGGAAGCCGGACUGGCCAGAGGAGGGCCUCCUGGAACCCUCAGAGACAGAAACGUGCCCCCUCAGACAGGGAGAGGUUUUGCAGAAUUUUCACAGGGCUUGGAGAUCAAGCGGUAUGAAAAGGUAGGAAUCUCAAGCUCAAGUGUCAGAGAUGACCAACCCUCAGAGUCUCCGUGUUUGACCCAGAAAGAAGAAUAAAAUGCAUUGAUGAAGCAGAAGUAGCUUCAGUUCAAACUGAGUACAGAAAUCCUACCCCAAUGUCCUGCAUUUUACUGCUGUAUUAAAGAUUAGUUCACAGGGACUAUUCAGUUGUAAACUGAACGGAGGAGGAGAUAAACGCUAUCCACACAAAUGUGCCCCCCUCCCACCCAGAGAGGGCAAGGCAUGUGAUACUCAGCAUAACCUCUGUGUCAUAUAAGUCCUACUUCAGUUUCACAAUCCUCACCACACUCAGUGUUCCGGAAGUGAUCUCUGUCAGACUGCCUUAGAUGCCAAUCUUAUUUUUAAAUUUGCAAGAACCCUACACCGUCUCCCAUUAGGGGUGGGUUAGCUGGCAGGGUGUUCCCUUGACUUCUGAGACUGGUGGAGGUUGACUCUGGACAGUGGGAGAAUACCCAAGAAUUGUUAUGGAGAUGCUUUACUUAAACAGCCUCAGUAGCCCUUGAAAAUAGCAGCUGUUUAUUCUGUUUAAAAAGGCUGGCUGCUCAAGGGCUUGCAGAUAAGGCCCUCUGGCUAACCUUGGUUUUUUUCAUGGGAACUCAUCCUGAACCCAUCCUGACCCUCACUGCUGGGCAGGAAAUGCUCAGAAAUUCAGGCCAGGAGGGUUAGAUUGGAGCACAGUAAUUUUAGGUGAGCUAGCCAGAGCUUUCACCCUCAGGUUUAUAGCAAGUACCCCCUCUCAUACUCUGGUCCUGGUGUCUAGUCUCCUCCGAGGGUCUUCCAAGACCCGCAGUAGAAAUACUCUCUGACAGCAAACUUUCCAAUGCUAGUUCCAGCCAAGAACAGGUACUUUUGCUUUUAUUAAUUACUCCCCUUUGCAUGUUUACCAUCAAAAUAUGUUCAUUUUACUAACUGUGAGGACCUUCCAAAAAAAAUCACAUACUGCCUGAAAUCAUAACAGCUAUUUUUGAUAGACUUGAUUUACAAUUCUAAAACUAUUUGCUAGCAUCAUAGACAUUCUGUGCUAGAAUGGGCCUAUAUACUUCAGUGAUUCCGUCAUUUGCUAGAGAAAGAAAGAAAUCCAUAGAUUCUGGUGGCUUUUGUAACACACAAAGCCAGUUAGUAACAGAAUUCACAGAAUAUAGGUUCUUUUUUCUCUCACUCCAUUGUUCUUCUCUUCCCUUUUCCUUGUAGUUGAGUAGCUUUUGGAAAAAUGUGUUCCUUAUAGCAGUAGUUCAAAGGUAUGCUAUUAGAUGGUAUAAGAAAAUAAAAGUGUGUGGGAGAGGGACUCCAUGGUUAAUUCAAAUUGAGAGAUGCUUGGUUCAUUUUCUUUCUGUAGGACUUCUAAAGGUUUUGAACAUGAAAUUAUAUAGUGUGAAUUUAUAAGAGGGGACAAAGAGUGUUUCCUUAGACUUAUUUGACCUUAAACUGCACCCCCAUCCUCCUUUUCUCAGAGCGCCUCAACGCACUGCUUGCUGGUCCUUUGGGAAGCGUGGUUUUGCAGUAAGUUUACAGCUCUUGUAGGAGAUGACACUCGUGAUGGGCAGUCUGAAUGGUAAAUCUCUCUCCGUGGUACCCUGUAAUCGAAGUGAACCUCAAAGUUUAGUGCGAUACUAGAAAGCAGACUUAUUUGCCCGUCAGAGCUAUACGUGAAGUAUAGAGUCUUUCCACCUAUGGUGUGUGAAAUCAGUAUUUGUGUUUAGUUUUGCAAGGAUCAAUUAAUGUGCAGAUGCUGUGGUGACAUAUUGAUAUUACAUUUUAUUAAUGCUUUUGUAUGGUGCUUUCGGACUGCUUUCGUAACUGCCCUGUGAGACAGGCAGAUGUUAUGUAUUAUCAAAUGAGGCCCUGGAGGCUCAAAAAGGUUUCUGUGGUUUUUCCCUUAAGUUCACACCACACAAUAAUGGAGCCAGAAUUCAGUCAGAAUUUCUGACUCCAAGUCCAGAAUUAUUCACACCCGGUUUCAUAUUUUCCUUCUAGAUUUAUAUUUUACAUGGAAAGGUGUGGAAGUGAUUCUUAAAAUAGUAUAUUUUGGCUUAUUAUCAAACACUGUUUCUUCCUUAUUGCGGUGACUCAGAAAAUGUAACUCCUUUUGUAACUAUCCCAAAGAAAACCCUUCUUUUGUUCCUUGCACUGCCAUUUGUGUAGGUGACUGCCGUGUAUUUCAAGUACCAUUUGAUUUUGAAACCAAAAUUGGACAGUAUAGUGUGGUUGCUUGUGUAAUUUUGGAAAAUGUAUCACCUCUGCAUUCUCAGGCGAAGUAAAGAUGGUUCAAAAGUAAAAAAGUAUUCAAAUACAACAGUAGGUCUUUAUUCUCUCACAAAUGCUGUUUCUUAGCUUUAACUUGCUUUGACAACCUAUUGAUGUAACUUCUUUGUAAAUGUAAAAUAUUUAUAUUUUGAAAUAAAAUCGGUGUUGAAUGAA